AAUUUUGAAUUAAGUAUAGAUAGUAGUAUCUUUUGUGUAGCUAACAGUUUUAUGGAUCAGAUUUAGUUAAGUCUUAUAAAGCAUUAAUAAAUGCAUACAGUGAAUCUUCUCUUGGUGAAAACCUUUGAAAACAACCAGUAUUUCUGAGAAAACAAACAAAAAUUGGUAUUGAUAAUUAUAAUAGUCCCACUCGUAUCUGACCAAGACAGUCAAAUACGUGGAUUAGGGUAACCAUCAGAAAAUUUAAUUUUAAUAUCACUUUAAAUAUUUUAUGUGAAUAAAUCAGAGUUAACAUUUUUUGUCCUUAUUAUAGCAGCAAGUAUAUAUUUGUGGAAAAGAGUAGUUAUUCAUUAUUUCAGGUAUAAUUUAUCAUGCAGGAUUAAUUUAUUUUGUGAAUAAUUCAUUACAUGUUGGAAAUUCUUUAGAUUAACUUUUUCAUUUUCUGUAAGUAGGUUUGCUAUGCAUCCUGUAUCUGUAGGACUGUCAUCAUAUUUCGCUAUUAAGUCCAUUAUUACUAUUUUUCCAUAUUUCUCUCUAAAUUCUACAUGAGACAGCCACAAGCGAUGAUGCAACUUUGAAAUUGUCAUUUGGAAGAGAAAUGGCUGAAGUUUUUUCCCAUUUAUAUAUUAAUCAUAAAGCCAUAUCUAAUAAAGCUAUUUACCAUUCCAUAAUGCAAAUGUAGAGAGUAUUCUCCUUAAUGUCAACUUAGUGGCUGGAAGAAGAAAAAAGCAGAGACAGUUGAAGCAAUUUUAAUUUGUCAUUAUAAUUAUAGAAUAAGCUGUACCCAAUUUUAUAAUUAUGUGAAAGAAGAAAUGAUAUAACUAAGAAAGUGAAAUCAACUUUAAAAACGAUUGGAUAGGAUUAUGUAGGAUUAGCCUUGCAUCUUUUUUAUUAUUCUAUUUAUUCAUUUUAUAAGAUUGCUUAAAAUUUAUUGAUUUUUAUCAGAAUAAAAUAAAUAUGGCAACCUUAGCUAAUGUAAAGUGCCAGAUUAAAACCUUUAAAGGCCCUAAAGCAUUUAAAAGUGUAUGGUGCCCUUGCAUGUAUUUACAAUAUGUCUGUCUCUCCCCAAUUCCUUCUGUCUUGGUCUUCUUGCUCUUAACUGUCCCACACAUUCUGUAGUGAAACCAGCAAUGGGAAAGUUUUGUAGUUCCCUUUUAAAGGAGUCCCUAAACACAUUUUUACAGUGCCCCCUUUUUUUGAUGCUUUGAAGUAUGUGUAUAUUUUGCCUAGUGGUUAUUUCACCUCUUUUAAUGGUACAUCUUAUAUAUAAAUGUUUUCAGUUGGUAUGAAGAUAGUUCAUUUCUGUUUUUAAGACUAUGGUUCUAGUUAAUUUGGAAGCUGAUAUAUCAACAUAGAGAAGUAUAUGCUUUUUAAUUUUCAGUUUCAUAAAUUUUAAAUUAGUAAUCUUAGAUGAAGGUAUUUAAACAAUCAUAGAUAAAAGAAGUCUUCAAAAUGAAAAAUAAAAGAGUGCUGAAUUUAGAAACAACAAAAAAUUAUCAAAGGUGCAGAUGGCGAUUUGUAGCAAAGGUAUCAACAGACUUCUUUAAAAUAGAAUGCCAAGGUUAAUGUCCUGGUUUACUACAGAUCGUGGUCGAAUAUUUACUCGUGCAUGUGUUGGACUUGCUGCUGUUUCUGUAGUUGGAAGUCAUGUAGCAAUUAAUGGACCACUUUUGGAUCAGCUCAGGACUGUGUGCCAACUGUAUAAAAAGGGUGAACCAAAGCCUCUUUCCCCUAAAGUAAAGCAGCUUGUAGAAGAAGUUUUGAAUGAUUCAAAGUUAACUGAAAAAGAAAAGAAGAAAAUAACCUUCUUUAAUGUCAUUGGUCAUGAUACAUUUCAUGCUGGAGGUUUAAAUUCUCCCUGGGGAGCAAUUGUUGGUGUUCCUCUUAUUUUUGAAGAUAUGAAAGACAUUAAUUUUAAAGACUUAAAAGUUCAGGGUAAAGAUACAGUAGAUUGGGUAGUAGAUGGUCAAGACCUUUUGAAAGCUUUGUCAUUAUCUGAUGAUGCUAAGAAGUUUGCUCUUAUGAGAGAAAUUUAUUCAUGCAAUUUCCGGCAUGUCUUUGAUAAUGCAAUUAUUGGUGCAUUUUGCAUUCUCGGACCAGCAAUAAUGGCUCAAAGAAUUAAUAUGAGAAGAGACGCAUUUAAAACAGCAAAUCUUAGAACUCGUUUCUCAUGGUAUGCUGUGUAUUUUUCUCUAGGAUUUUUAUUCUAUCAAUUGAUAAAAGGACCUUUUGAGCACUUGCAUGCCCAGAAAAAUGAUCGAUUGGCUGCUGAAACUGGUCCCAUGUACCUUAAUGGGGGCAUUGAAUUUUAUAGGAAAUUACUUCUUAGAAAUAAAGCUCUACGCAGUUUGUUAGGACUGAAAGGCAGUAAGAUGUUUAAUGAAAAUGGAAAUGAAAAUUUUUUUCUACUUGCACCUAGAUUACCAAUUUCUAAGAGACUGGAGCUAUUGCAAGAUCUGAAAAGGGAAAAGUUUAAAGAAGCCACUGAAUAGUAUAGUACUGGAUUUAGACUGUAAAAGGAUGCCAUGUAAUCUUUCAUAGAAUGCUUAAUAACAUUUUUAAUGCAAGUUCUGAAUUUCCAUCAGAAUGGGUUUAAACCAACCAUUUGCUUGUAUUUCUGUUUAGAUGUGUCUUAAAUGCAUUAUUUGUGUGUGUAAAGAAAAUUUUCAUAAUUAAAUAAAUAUUACCUCUCAUAUA